UUAUUUCACAAAUAUUCAUUGUCGUUCUGAACGCAGUUUUAAUAAGCGUUCUUAUUGGUCAAUAUUUACGUAAGAACAAGACAGCCAAUAGCAGCUGACCAGCCAUUUUCCUCAAUCUGUCAAAAAGCAAAUGUCAAACAAUUCUGAAACAAACCUCAAUAAUUUUGCGAAUAUUCUAACAAAAGUGUAAGAAAUAUUAGUCAAAUUCCGUUUUAAAAUGUCGGAAAAUGGGCACGAUGCGUAAGAAAACUCAAGUGUCGUUCGUGAUUAGAGACGAGGAGGAACGGCGGCAUAAAAAUGGUGUUAGUUCAUUGCAACUCGAUCCGAUACAGGGCCGACUGUAUUCGGCCGGCAGGGAUGGAAUCAUUCGUGUGUGGAGUACUGCUACCGGUGUUCAGGACCGAUACAUCCAGAGUAUGGAGCACCACACCGACUGGGUGAACGAUAUCGUGUUAUGUUGCGGCGGCAAAAACUUAAUCAGUGCUUCGUCAGAUACGACUGUGAAGGUAUGGAAUGCGCCCAAAGGUUUCUGUAUGUCGACAUUACGAACUCAUAAGGACUAUGUACGUACAUUAGCGUACGCUAAAGAUAAAGAACAAGUGGCUAGUGCCGGUUUAGACCGUGCAAUCUUCUUAUGGGAUGUCAACACAUUGACAGCUUUGACUGCCAGUAACAACACAGUUACAACAUCAAGCCUUGUCGGCAACAAAGAGUCUAUAUACAGUUUGGCUAUGAAUCCUCCUGGGACCAUUCUAGUUAGCGGAUCUACUGAGAAAGUACUCCGUGUUUGGGACCCAAGGAAUUGUUCACGACUUAUGAAGUUAAAAGGACAUGCAGAUAAUGUUAAAGCUUUAGUUGUAAGCAGAGAUGGAACACAGUGUGUGUCAGGCAGCUCAGAUGGUACAAUAAAAUUGUGGUCUCUAUCGCAGCAGCGUUGCGUUUCUACUAUAAGAGUACAUUCUGAAGCUGUUUGGGCAUUAUUAGCUACUGAAACAUUUACUCAUAUCAUUUCCGGCGGAAGAGAUAGGCUAGUCAUUAUUACAGAAUUACGAAACCCUGAUAACUUUAUGAUAGUAUGUGAAGAAACUGCCCCUAUACUUAAAUUAUGCUUUACGGCUGACCAGACAGGAGUUUGGGUGUCAACAUCAGAGUCUGAUGUUCGAUGCUGGAAACUGCCUCCUUUAAACUCCUUAGACAUGUAUAACCAAAACAAUUAUAAUACUAACAAUGUGUACCAAACACAGCCAAUUCAUCACAUUCCCGGAGGUCCCGCAAUAAAACACUACACAGUGCUAAAUGACAAGAGACACGUAGUAACAAAAGAUACCGCGAACAACGUAGCCCUAUAUGACGUAUUAAAAGCUUGUAAAUUAGAAGAUUUAGGAGAAGUAGAUUACGAGGAAGAAGUUAAGAAAAGAUUCAAGAUGGUUUAUGUACCGAAUUGGUUCAACGUUGAUUUGAAGACUGGGAUGUUGACGAUACACUUGGGGCAAGACGAAACGGACUGUUUAAGUGCAUGGGUUAGUGCCAAAGAGGCGGGAUUGACGACGGAGAAUGAUCAGAAAGUUAACUUUGGUGCGUUGUUGUUGCAAGCGUUGUUGGAUCAUUGGAAUCAUCCGAAUAGAGUGAACGAAGCUGGGCAAAGGGUGAUUGGGAAUAAUUACUUUAAUGUGCCUCUGCAUACUCCUCUUAUAUUUAGUGAAGUUGGUGGGAGAACACUUUAUAGAUUACAAGUAGGUGACGCAGGAGGUGAGACAGAAGGCAAUCUUCUCGUGGAGACAGUACCAUCUUGGGUGGUGGACGUAGCUAUAGAGAUGGCUGCCCCCAAGCUGAACAAACUGCCCUUCUACUUACUGCCGCAUUCAAGCUGUCAGAGUAAACAGGAUCGGCAGAAGAAGGACCGUCUAGUAGCCAACGACUUCAUCCAAUGCCGUAAAGUAGCGGAACACGUGGUAGAGAAGAUAGUGGGAGGCGGUGACGUGAACGGCGCGAGUGCGGGCAGCGGCCGCGCCAGCGCCAACGAGGACAGCGGCAACGACGCGCCCGAGGAGAGGGUCGAGCUGCUCUGCUGCGAUCAGGUGCUCGACCCCAACAUGGACCUUCGUACCGUCCGUCACUUCAUAUGGAAAUCCAACGUGGAGUUCACACUACACUACAGAGUUCUAAAACAAUGAAACAAGCCUUAUUUCUCUAAGGACCAGUUUCGAAAGUAUUGCACUUUCCACUGCAUCUAUAGACUAUGACAGUGAUGUGAUCGAACGGUUUUAUCAAUGUAUUUAUUUUCCUUAAUGUCAAUACUUUGACUGGACGCGGGAAAUUCAAAUAUAAAAUCCAAACUAAUAUUAUAAAAGCGAAAGUAACUCUAUCGGUCUGUCUUUUCUUCACGCCUAAACUACUGAACCGAUUUGUGUGAAAUUUGGUAUAGAAAUAGUUUGAAACUUGAGAAAGGACAUAGGAUAGUUUUUAUUACAAAAAGUAAAUAUAAAAAUAUAAUUUACUCCGGACAUACAGCGCCAUCAAUUAGUCAAAGUCAAAAGUCGGCAUCAAUUCGCUAUUCCACGCGAACGAAGUCGCGGGCAUAAGCUAGUGUGUUUAUAUUAAAACACAUUUUAUAUUUAAAUUGCCCGCUCCCGGCUGAAGCAUUCAAUUUACAAGAAAUUCCUUACCCAGACCAAUUCAAUUGUCUUUGCAGUAGUAUAGAGCGAAUGCAGUAUAAAGUAUUAUAUUGAAGUUUAACAUUUUAUUGUUGUAUUGUAUUUAUGUAUGUAUUCCAUAUUUAAAAUAUAUUUUUCAUGAUAUUUGUAAUCGCUAGUCCAAAUGAGCAAUCAAUCUGUAUAAAAGUUACAAUUAAAGGAGAUGGCCAAAAAACACCCAGAGUCGACAGGAACUUCAUAUGUAUGAUUGGAUUCAGUAUAAUUUGUGGAUUUUAAAAAGUAUUUCAAAACAUCUAAAAACCAUGGGGUUCUCUUUUUAUAACGUUUUUUCGAUCAAGAUUUUAGUUCACAAAAAAGUUUACUUUUACUGUUUGAUGUUCGUUAGAAGUUGAAUGCAGACUCGUGAUUGGACCGUUUUGCAUUGCUAAGUCAUUUGUUAUAUUUGACACUGUCACAUGGCGCGAUUUUCAAAGACAAUUUCUCCAAAAACAUUUCAUAGCCAGUUGUGAAGGUUGCAUGUAACUGCGAAACCUCUCCAAGUAGGUAAGGUCGGUGCUUAAUCGUAUCUGGAGUGGUUAAAUACAAGACCUUUUAAUCACCAGGCCAACUCUGAAACUAUGGGGUUGUUACUAGUGGCUUGUAUAAUGUUAGUUUACUUUGCUUUUUUAUGUCAACUUGUUUAAAAUCAACAUAUAUUCAACAUAACCUAUUUUUGCGAUAAUAUGAAAUAGCUCCUAUACCCCAUGGAUUUCAGUCUGGAUUUUUUGGCACCAUCAAAGGUCUAUCAUAAAGAACCUAUUGGUAACCAUUUCAUUGCUGUCGAUUCUGGGUUUUUUUUUCUAUGAAAAUUUGGCCAUCUCCUUUAUUCAUAUCGUAAAAAAUAGUGACAUUUUCAUAUUCUUACAAAAUGUUGAGAGCGAUCUCAUUGGUAGAAACUACACAUGAAAGUACAUUUGACCAAUAGAAACACGACAUUCACCUGUCACUUUUGGCGCGAACCGCCACCUUUAAUUCCUAACCUCUAUAAAUAAGAUACGAUAAUACUUAAAUGUAAUAACUUAAAAGCUUUAAACAUUAAAAGCGACUCGCGAAUUCGUUUUAAAGCUUGAAUAAAUAUAAAAGAAAAUGACUGUUAAUUAAUAACAAUAAAAUAAAUAUAUGUACUAGUAAAUAUGGUGUGUUCAUAAUCUACCAACGAUUACCUUAAACAUCAUUUUUGUACAUGGGUGCGUUCAUAACGUGGUCAUAAACUUACACACCUUUAAAAUUUUAAACUAAAGCAAGGACCUUCACCAACUUAGGAGUAAAAUAUUGUAGGGUAGCUAAAUGAUAAGCGUGGAUUAUAGAAAAUGGACAACACUAUAAAAGAAAAUAGUAUCAGAAACAUAUGAAAGUUACAGCUACCAAACGGCCUGUAGAAAAGAGAUAUGCUUUCUUUUUCUAUUUUAUUUGUGGUCAAUAUUUUGUUGAAUGGGUAAUCCAUUUUCUAUGUUCAGGAAUGUCAACUGUGCACAUCAUUAUUGCCACAGAUCUAAAAUAAGAAAAGUAUGUUAAUCAACACUUAUCAAAUCUUUCUUUUUACAACGAAUGCUGUAUACCUUAUCUAAGUAUUCAUACAGAUUUCAACAUGUGUAUCACAAUAAAGUACUGUUAAUAAAAUAGAUCCAAAUACACUUAAUAAUGAAUUGUAUCAAACUGUAUUAACAUUUGUAAAGAAUUAUGCUAACACAAUGUUGUAAAUUGAAAAUUCAUGUAUAUGAUUGACUAAAUGUAAAACAUAAUUUUCACAAAUAACUGCCAUAGAAAUUAUAUCAAUUAUUUUGAAGGUGCUUCAAAACUGCUUAUAUGGUAUAUGUUGUAAUCGAAAUUUAAUAUAAAAAAUAUUAUUCUUAAAGCGAGUUUGAAAUAUGUUUUCAUUAUACGAUUAUCAUAAAUACUGGCGUCAAAUAAAACCUAUUUUAUCGAUCACAUAAUACAGAAUCAGCGAUUGUGAAUAUAUUGUACUUCUAGAUAAUAUAUGGCUAUAAAAACUCGUUCAUAUAAAAUUGUAUAGCACUCUACACUAUUAGGAAAAAUAUAUAAGUAAUUAAUAAAUAAUUGUAUUUAUGUAAUAUCUGAAAAUAUAUAUUCUUAAGAUGGUAUUAACGAAAUUCCUAGGCAUAAACGUAAAGUGAAGUUGCCACCAGAUUUUCAUGAUAGAUAAAUGGGAAAAGUACGAUAGUAAACAGUUCUGGUCAUAUAAGUUUGCUGCUCCGACGUUAGCCACAAGUGACCUUGCGGAAGGUAAUCAAACAACUUGCGCAUGUGCGAAACAUAACGUGGCUGACUUCAGAGUGGCAAUAUUAUUUGACAAGUUUUGUCAUUAUUUCGAAAAUAAUUUUGUGUUUUGUAAGUAAUGUAUGUAAUAUUAUUUCGUCAACGUCUGAUGUAAACUGUACCUAGUUUCCGAUGAUUGGGCUUAAUUCUUUUAGAAUCCAAGUUGUUAUUUUGGUUUUAAGAGAUAUUGCCCCAAUUUUCUUUGUAGCUAUUUUAUUCGUGUAUUAAAAUUAUUAUUUUUCUUUAUAAUGAAUGAUACUUAUUGAUAAAAUUGUUCAUAAAUAAUUGAAAUUCUUGUAUCUUAAUUUAAUUUUGAUGCAAAAUUAUUGCCAGUGAAAAUAUCUCGUCGCUUUGGUUGCUCUUGGGAAUAGAAAUAAGGAAUUAAAACAUUAAGACCUCGUUGCAUCAUUUAACUAUAACGAUAACCAAACCAUAACCAGCCGUAUACUUGCCGCCCAUUGGUCAAAUUGGCGAUUUGACAACUGAAAAUGGUUCGGUUAUCGUUAUAGUUAUAUAGUGUAAUUGACCCUUUAAAAAUAACUUUCAAAGUGUUCAGAAACAGCCAUGGCAGCUAAAAUAGCGGUUGGCAGUCUGUCAGUGUUGCCCUCUACGAAAAUUGUUCGAUAAUGGGCUCUAGCGAAAUAAGUUUCAGGUCACAAUGUAAGUGGAGUUGAGUACGCGAAAGAUAAAUAUGUGUAGAUGCUCUAGAGAUGUCUACUGUAAAAUUGUGGCAUGCUUGUAAUUAUACUAUUUGAAAUAAAGUUGUUAAUUUAA